AUGCGUAGCUUCUCGGCCGCCCGUGUCAUUGCCACCAGGAGCAAGCUCGCCGAGGUUGGUCAUGUUGUCAUUGCGCUAAGUGGCUGGGCCCAAUAUGCCAUUGUACCGGAGGAAUUGUUUGAGCCAGUUUCAACUUUACCCAAAGUCGGCGAGACUCACGGGCUCUUGUCCAUGUACGGCUUGGCGGGGAUGACGGCGUGGGUGGGAAUGACACGAAUCGGAGACCCGAAACCCGGCGACACGGUAGUCGUGUCCGCCGCGGCUGGUGCAACGGGUGGCAUUGCGGGACAAAUCGCCAAGGUCAAGGGAGCCUGGCUUGGAUUUGACGUGGCGCUGGAUUACAAGGCGCGCGAUUUCGAGGACAAGUUCAUGGAGGCUACGAGGGGUUUCAUCGACGUGUAUUUCGACAAUGUUGGUGGCAGGAUCCUGGACAUGUGCCUUGGUCAGGCCAAACAGGGAGCCCGUUUCGUGCAAUGCGGCAUGAUCACGCAGUACAGUCGCGGAGACAAGCAGCUGAACCUGACAAACUACUUCAAAGUGAUUUCGAUGCGGAUCAAGAUUCAGGGGUUUGUCGUCGCGGAUCACACUGACCUGUGGCCCCGAGCUCGGGAAGAAAUGGCACGCUGGGCUGAACAGGGCAGGCUGAAGGCUGAUGUGACAAUUGUCGAUGGGGGGUUGGAUGUUGUUGAUCAGUUUGUAUAA